UUUUUGCACACUGCCUGAAAAUAUUUUUGUCGAUGAAGAACUAUGACAAUUUUCGUUUUUUCUGGCAAAAAGUCAUCCAAAAGGGACUCUUAGGAGAAACUCUUCGUUAGAAAUAUAUACCUGAUCAAUCGAAGAAUAAGAUGGCAUCCGUACUAACAGAAAAUUUGCGACAAACUCCAAAAGAGAGUGACUAUUUAACAUGUGGCACAUGCUGGACAGACUUCCCAUUAUCAGAGAUCACUACAUUUAUACAACACAAGAAGAUAGAAUGUGAUGAUGAUGAAUCAACGGAAAAUAUUAAUCCGGGUGGUUUGUUAUGUCAAACAUGUCCACAGAAGUUCCUUACAGCCUGGAGUCUGGUGAAGCACGUUCAGGGGAAACACAAUGUACCUAUCUACAAACAAAGUGAUCUCGAUAAAAAUCCCACCCCCAAGAAUGCAACAUCAAAAAGUUCGAAGGCAACAAAUCCCACCCCCACAGCGGUUCCAAAAACCUUAGGAAGGACAUCAACAGAGGAUAAUUUACAAAAUGCUGACCGACGUUUAGUGAUUGCAUUGUCCCCAGAUAUGGGGGUCACACCAGGAAAUGCGCUGCCAAUCUCUAGGGACCAAUUAAUACCUGUAGGGGUCAAUAUUUUAUCAAAUAAGCAAGUCUUGAAAGUGCCAAUUGCUACUGCUCAUUCAUCCGUCCCUGGUGUUCUUGGGGGGACAUUAUUGACAUCCAUUGCCCAAAGUGGACAAUUACAAGGAACUUAUGUGGGACCAAUAAAACCAAUACAGAGCUCCACAUCUCAAUCCACUCUUGUACAACAACAGGUCAUGUCCCAGCCCAGCCAAAUUAUAACCAAAGUCAUACAAACCAAGUCUAACGUAACAGAGGGGCCAAUUGAGACUUCUGGGACACCAACUCAAGAACAACCAAUGGAGGACACUAACAUUGAGAAAUCCAACCAGAAUUCCACCAUACAAGAUGUUAAGUUAGUGAAAUUGGAAGAACAGGGGGAGAAAGAUGAAAACAUGGAAGAGACAUGCUGUGAUAAUGUAGACUGUGGUAUAACAGUUAUGCCUGGAACACAUGAAAAUCUCAAAGAAUGUUGUAACGCGGUAGUACCAAAGAAACGUAAACGUCACAUGGAAAUGAAACAUCUGCAGAACAGAUUCAAGAACAGGAAGAAAGGAUUCCUUAAAUCAAGCCGACCAUUUCAGAAACAGUUGUCAAACUCCCGGAAGGAGAGCACCAUCUAUAUUGACUUUCAGCCAGCUAAAAUGACUGAUGGCUCACAAGGUGACGAUGAUGAGAAAUCUCAUGAUGAUGAAAACACAAGAUCGACCCAAGGCUCAAUUAUUAUCCAACCAGGUGGCAUAUUCUCACUCCCUAUGUCCCAUAAUUCCAUGCCAAGUGUCUCAUUUAGUCAUUCUAGUGAAAAGGGAGGGACUGCAAUGGUCCCCAUUUCAAUAAGUACAGGGGAUGCAAAUGUCGGUUCAGCUGAAAAUAGCACUCCUUCCAGUCCUAGUAAUGACCGAAUGAAUUCUGGAAUGGUAGAAAUGGUGGAUGAUAAGGGCAUGAGGCGACGCUACCCUACAUCUAGGCCAUAUAAGUGUGACAAAUGCGAUCAUUCAUUCAAUCAGAGAAUCCAUCUUAAGAAGCAUCAGAGCAAGCAUACAGGUGUGAAACCAUACAAGUGUCAACAGUGUGAUUACUCAACUGUAGAAAGGAGCCACCUUAAGGUCCAUAUAAGGAUACACACUGGUGAGAAGCCAUUCAAAUGUACAUAUUGUGAGUAUGCCACCACACAGAACUGUACUCUUAAGAUUCAUCUGAGACGUCACCACAAUGAAUCAGGAGGAUACCUCUGUAUCACAUGUGGUCAGAAGUUCCCAGAGGAGUCCACCUUACAAAGUCACUCAAAGGAGCAUUCCCCUGGGAAGUCAGCUCCUCCUUCACCAGCUCCUAUGGCAACCAGUUCUGAUGUCACAAUUAAAGAACACGAUGCUGUAACUAAAGGACAAGACACUACAACAGCUGAACCCGUUGCUACAACAACUGAUCCCACCAUAGCAACAUCUCAGUCUGUUGCUAUUGCAACUGGUCCAUCUAAUGCCACUCUUGUAGAAACUCCUUCCAUGGCUUCCAUCGAUACAGGGAACCAAAAAAAGGUUGGCUCAAAGAAAGAGUGAUCUAAAAUCCAAAUGACUAAAAUCUCGCUGUGAUAGUGUAAACCUUGUCAAAAUAGACAGAUUAAUAAUUAGCC